UAUGUUAUCAGCUGGGCGGCAGUGUUUACAAUGUCGUCAACGGAGCGUAAACGAAUUGUAGUCACUGGAUUUGGACCAUUUGUGGGUCAUGAAGAAAUUAAUGCCAGUUGGGAGGCUGUGCAACUGCUGCCCGAAAGUAUUAGCUGCAAUGGCGUCGACUAUGUGCUGGAGCAACGAAUGGUGCCCGUAGAGUACGGAGCUGUUGAUCAGGCAGUUGAAGAAAUUUGGCAAAGCCAACCAGAGCUUGUCGUGCAUGUCGGCGUCUCCGGUGUGGCCAAAUGCGUGCAUGUAGAAAAACUCGCAUACAAUCAUCAAUUUCGACGUCCCGAUAAUGCAGGCAAAUUUCUAGAGAAUAACACCUGCAGUUUACCCCAGCAUGGAAGGGCAAACGUAUUGCGUUGUGGACUUGACGUAGAUACGAUAGUGAAGGUUGUAAAUACCAUUUGCAAAAAUUGUGUGGCUGCGGCUGAUAGCGAUAAGCCUCAAAAUGCCGCUAUAGCAUCGAAGAAUGUUGGCAGCUUUCUAUGCGGUUACAUUUAUCUCAAAUCCUUGGACAUGGAUUGUAAUAAAUGCUUGUUCGUGCAUGUGCCGCCCAUUGAUAAACCUUUUAGUACGAGUCAGACAGCUGAUAUUCUCUACAGAAUAAUUGAGCAAUGUAUUCAGCAGAUUUCACCUUUCGAACGCCAGUGAGUUAUUUAAGUUCGAGCAUUUUUACGCAGAUAGCGUAUGUAUUAUAUAAUUGUAUACAACAUUGAUUGUU